GCGCGCGCAGUCAGUAUUAACCACUUGUGAAGCGCACUUACUCCCAAGCUUCGCCUUAAUUGAGCUGAGUAUAGUCAGAUAGUCUUGCUUAAGCAUCGUGAAAUACACAUAGCGCAUAUCAUGAUGUCGCAAAUCACGAUCAUCAUCGCUCUAUGCGUUCUACUGAGCGAAGCACGCAACUUUAAUGAAGUGAAGGGUACAUUCUGGAACAAAAUUGAAGAGAACAUUGAGGCGAGUAAGACAAAGGAUGAGUUAUACAAAUCCGUCGAGUUCUCGACGCGUUCAAUUGGGUUCGACGAUGAUCGAGAGGCUCAGCUGAUAAGUCGUAUUCAGACGUUGAAGAAUUUACCACCGGCCGUAAUGGCAAGAUACGUCGUUAAUCAAGCUGAUUGGGGAGCUGUAGCGACGAUAAGCACAAGGAAAGAUGUUGCAAGCUUUCCUGUUGCAAAUUUGAUCUCCAUCGCCGACGGACCUAUUGGAAAUGGUAAUGGAAUACCGUACAUGUACCUCACCCCUUUGGACUUUACCGCUCAAGAUCUUGCUAAAGAUCAUCGCGCGACUGUAUUUGUAUCAUUAGCUCAAGGAGACUAUUGUAAGAAUAAAGGAUAUGAUCCGAUGGAUCCACGAUGCGCUAGAGUCCUUUUAACUGGAAAGAUUAAAGCGGUGAAAAACGAGAGUAACGAAGUCGUGAAACAAUUAUUUUUUGGUCGUCAUCCAAAACUACAGAAUAUGCCCGCAGAUCACGAUUUCUUUUUCGCCGAGUUAGACAUAUCGACAAUCGCCUUACUGGACAACUUCGGUGGACCGAAAUACAUUUCCGUUGAUGAUUACUUAAAUACACCGACUAUCCGCAGAAAUGAUCUACGUCGCAGAAGAGUUAUUUUCAAAUCUGUUGUUUAAUAAAUGUACUUUUUGUCAGAUUCUGACAGAUCGAAUUCCCGAAGCUCGAUAUCGGGUCUUCUAGAAAGAAAUUUUAAAAACUAAUUAAUAAUAAAUAAUAUUUUAUUUAUGUGUCU